GCCGCCCUCGCCAUCACCCACAACAACCAAACAACCAAACAAGCAAAGCAAGCACACAAGCGAGCGAGGGAGCGUGUGCUGCUGCGUGUGAGCGGUGCUGCUGGCUUGGGACGACGACGACACGAGGCGAGAAGGACGAACGUAGACGCAGCGACUUGCAGUGCAAAUUAUAUUCCUCACAAGAAUGAGAAUGGCAACGAUGAAGACGACCGGCGCCACUGUCAGUGCUGUUCUUGUGGCUGUGCUGCUGGUUGUGGGUGGUGCAAGUGCACAGCAACAAGCAUGCAAUGAUAUCACAAACACCCACACCAUCUCGGACCUGGAGAACGGCGCCACGGGUGAAAUCCCUUACACAGACUGCAGCAUCCUUAAUGGCGACCUCUUCAUCAGCUGCACCACAGCCGUUGCUGUGGAGGACCUUGAGGUUCUUCGGAACGUCGAGCGCAUCACGGGCUCGGUCACCAUCCAGAACUGCCCCAAUCUUGUCAAUUUGGACGGGCUGCGCAGCCUGAAGGAGAUUGGCGGUGACCUGGCCAUCACCAACAACAACCUGCUGGAGAACCUGCACGGGCUCGAGCGCGUAAUGCGCAUCGACGGCGCCGUGAGCAUCUUCCGCAACCCAACGCUCUGCUACAUUGACCUCAUGCGCUUCGAGCGCGUCGCCGCCAGCGUCGAGUUUGUGCAGCUCCCAAACUGCCUGGAGACCCAGUGCGACGCCUCGUGCACCUGCGGCUACUGCGGUGGUCCAGAUGAGUGCCUGCGGUCUUGCGAUGACCCGAGCCUGGCAUGGGUCGCCGCCCCAGUCGUGGCGGGCGUCUUGCUCAUUGCCGCCAUCAUCGCCUUCAUCGUCAUCAUGUGCAAGCGCGGCGACUGUCAGUGCGACUGCUUCUGCACCUUGACAGACCCCAUUGAGAUUGAGAUGCCAGACGGCACCGUCAUGUCCCAGGUCGCUUCCCGCAAAGCCAGCCAGCAAAUCCUCUUGCCAGUCCACAGGGAGUCGCAGUACGAGCAGCACGUGUCGUUUGCGUCUGGCAAAGGACAAGCUGCGGGUGUGUCCGCAUCCCAAAAUGGCCAGCAGCAACAGGGUGCUCAGCCUCGCCUCGUUAUGCCACCACCACGCGUCGCCCAUCCCGUAACUGGAAGCCGCGGUGCCCGUGCCCGCCCUGGUCCUCUCCAACAGCAGCACCAGCAGCAACAGCAGCAGCAACAGCAGGUGUCGUCGCCAGCCGCGGCACCGUCUGCCAUCCGGCUGCCUCGACUCCGUCCACAGGGGCAGCGUGCCCCAAUUCCACGACAGGACGGCCGCGGACCACGGCCCGUGUCGCCAAAGGCACCCGGCUCUCCAAAGACGCCAACAACGCCCAGAGCAAUGCCACCAAUGCGGCCGGUGAGCCCGCACACCCCAAAGCAGUCAUCUGCGUCCCCAGGCUCCUCCACGCACGAAUCUCCAAAGCACUCAAGGGAGGGUGCCCGGAAGGACGAGGAGGACACGGGUGCCAACCAGGCGACCACCGCACCUGACCAAGACAACGCACAGCGACCAUCACUGCCGUCGUCCUCAAGAGCAUCGCCAGCAGCACCAUCGUCAUCGUCUCGGCAGACAUCGCCGAAGCGCGACGCAAGUCCUCGAUCCAACAACAGCAACCACCACGACAGCAACAGCCGUGAUGGCGAUGCUGAUGAUGACGACGAAGACGACGAUGCAGAUGAGGCAACUCAACACGAGACGGUUGACAGCCAAGUCUAAUUGCUGUUACGUUACCACGCACUCACAAGCACGCAAACACACCUUUCCUUGUUUUCACAACAUCACAUUGACAUUGUUCUGACCUGCAAAACCCCAACUCCUGACUUGCAUGGCUCAACGCAGCACACCAGUGCACGCCGACCAAACACACCCUGAACACGGCCGCCUUUACCACUUCAAAACACACACACACACACACACACAUGCGCACACACACAUGCACAC